AUGAAGAGGCGCUGUUCAAACGCGCAGAAUGCUUGCUUUAAGAAACGUGUGAUCAGAGGAAGGAUGCUGAAUCCCGGUUCCGCUGCUUUGGGUACCAAAAUCUUGCGAAGCGACACCAGCUUGACUGUAAGUCAUUUGGCGAUAUGCCCCCAAAUCUCCGUGUUGCUUCACCUUUUGCGUCUGCAAAACAAAGUUAUUAUGGCGACCACGAAGGGACCCAGAGUGGACAUCUCUCCUUCACCUGAACUCUACGAGGAACUGGAGCCUUGGUACCAGCAGAGGCUACUUGUGCCCAUCUGCCUCCUUGGAGAGUCCAGACAAAUUUGGAGGUUGCAGAUAAUUAGCCACUCAGCGAUCCGAGCACCCGCGGUGGUCUUAGACCGCCAAAGGGAGAAACUGAGACAAUUCGUACAGGAACAAUGCCCAUGGUUUCCAGAACAGGGAACAGUUAAUAUAGAAACCUGGCAAAAGGUGGGGCAAACUUUGCAAGUAUAUUACAGUCAUUUUGGACCUGAGAAGGUUCCAGUAGAUACUUUUACUUUAUGGAACCUUAUUAGAGAGAGCAUUGCUCCCUUGCCUGAAGGUCAAAAGAACCCAUAUAAAUAUCCUACAGAAGUAAUGGAUGAAUGUACUCCGUUACUUUCCCCAAAAACAUUAAAAGAUACUAAGGUUUUGGCUGCAACUUUAAAAGAUUGUAACCUUAAUGAUAAUGACUCAGAGGAGGAAACUGAGUCACCUACUGAUAAUAAGUUUAAUUUGUUAAAGAACCCUCCUUUUGAUGAUGAAUUGCCUUCUGCAGAUCAGGAUGAUUUAGAUGCUGCUGCAUAUGAUUAUGAAAGAAGGAAAUAUGAACCCCAUGGUGCUUUUUCUAUGCAAGAAACUAAGAAAAAUAGGCCUAAAUUACAGGAUAUGUGCCCUUUGGGUCGUUUACCGACCGCCCCACCGGCACCUCUAAGUUCUUCAGUUCCCCCUUUAAAAAGGUCAGGGCAUUCAAUUUUAAAUGUUGGGGGCCUACCGCCUCCACCACCUUUUAAGGCCAAGGGCCCACCACCUCCACUACCUUUUAAUAAUAAUCAAGUCAUUUUUGAGGAUGGUUUUGAUGAUGAUGAUGUAUAUUGGGAUCCCUUGCCUUUAAAACUUUUAAAAGAACUUAAAAAGGCCUGUGUAGAUUAUGGACCGUUGGCACCUUAUACUAUGACUCUUAUAGAUGCCUUGGCAAAUAGAUGGAUGACUCCAUAUGACUGGAUUCAGGUUACAAAGGCCUGUUUAUCGGGAGGACAAUAUUUACUUUGGAAGGCAGAAUAUGAGGAAGAGGUGGCUAAACAAAAUGCUUUAAAUAAGAAAUGGGAUAAAUUUAAUAUUAUUAAAGAUAUGUUAUUAGGUCAAGGAGAAUAUGACUCAACCCAACAGCAGAUGCAUAUGGGAAAGGAGGCCUUAUGGCAAGUAACUACGUGUGCAGUGAAUGCCUGGAAGUCUUUGCCUUUGACUCCAGGAAAGGCCUCUGUUUUGACAGAUUUAAGACAAAAGUCUGAGGAGCCAUAUGAGGAUUUUGUUUCUCGCUUGCUAAUAGAGAUAAACCGAGUGAUAACUGAUGAGGAUGCAGCUAAUAUGUUGGCUAAACAACUAGCCUUUGAAAAUGCCAAUCCUGUUUGUCAGAACCUGAUUCGCCCUAUUAGAAAAACUGGAAGUAUUUCAGAUUUUAUUAAACAAUGUUCUGACGUUGGUCCCUCCUAUAUGCAAGGGAUUGCUUUGGCAGCUGCCCUAAAGGGAGAAACACUUCCUCAAUGCGUGAUGAAUAUGGUUCAAAAAACAAAAAACUUUAAGGGGCCAAAAGGAAAUAAUUGUUUUGCUUGUGGAGGCGCAGGUCAUUUUAGUAGGGAAUGUCCUAAUAAAAAUAUACCUUCAGCAAGUCCUAUUAGAAUGAUAUCUUCUGGUAAUGAUGGGGUCCCAAAGACUCCUUGCCAAAGAUGUGGGAAAGGAAAUCAUUGGACUAAAUUGUGUAGGAGUAAAUAUCACAAGGACGGAUAUAUUCUUCCCCCUAAUGGGGUUUUUGCAGGGCCUCAGGCUGGAGCUCAGAUGCCAAUAUUUCCUGCACCUGCUUCUCCAAGUACACCUGCUGGAACUAAUUCGGGAAACUUACUUCGGGCCCGACCCCGGGCCCAACAAACAAUAGGGGCAAUUCACCAGACGCUCAAUCCCUUUCUUCCCUCAGGGGAAUCGAUGAAUUGUUCAGGGCCACCCCAGGCAGCGCAGGAUUGGACCUCUGUGCCACCUCCGCAACAAUAUUAA